AGUGCAGUGCCCACGGUCAUGGUGUUUUGUAUUGAAUUGAGGUUAUGUUUGGUAUUUCUCUAAAAUGUCAAACUUUGGAUUAAAUUUAGAUUUAUCGCUAUACUUUGAAGAUCAGAGACGAUAUUCAUGUGUGUUUGUUGAUUCAACUAAAUGUAAAGAUGUAGGAGAUGUUGAAAAGCAUAUCAAAUCAGUUUUCACUUUAGAAGAAAGUAUUUGUCUUAGUAAUAAAAAAUUUCUUAUUCCUAGUUGUGAAGAUAUAAGGAUUUUGCAGCAGUAUGAAACAGUCAUAGUGAAGAAGCGUGAGUUCCCCCAAACACAUCCAAGUAAAUCAACGGAUACAGUUUGUCAACACUUGGCACUAGAUCUUGUCCAACCAGAAAAGACUAUCGAUCUAUCAUGCAGACCUAAACAAAGAUUUAAAGUCAACCUUUGCCGCUCUCAUAGUUCUGGGGCAGAAAUACCUACAUUUGUUAAAAAAUGUGAAUUAUAUGUGCCAAGACUGAGGGUUUCGACCAGUCAGUCAAAUGUAAUCCAAACACAACAAGAGGAAAAACAAAAGAAGAAAUCUCAUGUUAAGAGAAAUGAGGGAAGAAGCUGUGAUCAUGAAACAAAUGAUGAUAUCCUGGAUAUGAGUAUACAGCCAGUAAUGCAAGGUAUUGAAAAUGGUACUUCACAAAGUGAAGAAUCUGAAAAUGCUAUGGUGCUUUCACCUACUUUCCUUAGUAUAAAUGAAAUUCGUGGGGAAAAUGAACUUCAUUCAAAUGAAUCAUUAAAAAAAUCGAAGAAAAGAAAAACUCCAUCAGAACAUGUGGAAAAUCUUAGCACUAUCAUGAGUGGUGCGUGGGGUUUGGUUAAUGGCAACACUGUAAAAGAUGUUAAGAAACCCAAAAAGACCUCAAAGAAAAGUAGAUUAACAGAAGACUUUUCUAUUACAGAUUCAGAUGUUAGUAUGCAGAAAAAUGAAAAAGAUGAACCAAGUAAUUCAACUAAUUUUGAAGAUGAUUCAAUCAUACACAAACCUAAGAAAUCAAAAAAAUCAGAUAAAGGGAAAGAUUUUGGACAAAAUAUUGAUUACAAUGUAAGUAAAUCAAACCGUACUGUGGACUGUAAUGGUAGUGUUUCUACAUUCUCACAAAAUGGACAUAGUGGAGAAGAAAACCGUUUACUGAAGGAUGCAAUCAAAAUUGAAAAGCCAGAUCAGCCGACUAGUGAAUGCUUCAAAGAGCUGACACCCUUGAGUAAGUUCCUGAUUGGAGAUAUAAAAGACUCAAACGGUCCCCAGAAACUGAACACAGGCGGGUGCGAAAAUGUAAAAUCGUGUGAUAUAUCCUCAAAUAGUAUUGAAGAAUCUGAAAGUGCUACACCAGAUAUAGAACACGGCACAGCUUGUGAGGGAUCAGAAAAAAGGAGGAAAAGAAUUAGAAAACACAAUAAGAAGAAGAAGAAAGAAAAACUGGAGUUGAUGAACGCAGUUGGAUCUGUGCUAAACAGAUUAAAUGAGCAGCCACAAGUAACAUUACCGUUGGCUUCAACACCCAAACAUUUCUUCUUCACGGAUGCUGAUGCAUCAGAGUUAGAAAUUCCUGUAGCUAGUCAGAAUAUUACAAGUACGCAAGAAGACAAAGUCCCAGUUGCAGUAAAGAAAGAAAAGGAUUCUGAACCAUCACUGUAUGAGGUGAUGGGAAGGAAUCAAGCAGAAUGGCAACAAGGUCUUCUGAGACUUGCUAGAAGUUCCUCGAAACCUAUGAUAUUUCACAGAAGUAGCCCUUCUACAUCUUCUAAAGAACUCCCUGAAAGAGAUUCAUCAUCCACUGUAACCGAGGAAGCAAAGGGCAAUAGUGCCAGUCCUCCUCGUCAUGUUGAUAAGACAAAGAAAGAAAGGGAAGAAGUUGGAGAUACUUCUGAUAAAGAAAAUAUAAAGAAAUGUAAUGGUGAAAUACUGAGUGAUACAACAAUUAAUCCUAAUUCUGACGCAGACACAAAUGUAACUGAAAGGAAAAAGCUGGAAGAAUGUAAUGAUACAAAAAUUAAUGUACAAAAUAUUAUCAUUGAUAAUUACCCCAUCAUCAACAAAAUUAAUCGCCAAGAUUUAAUCCUCUUUAAGGUGUUAAAACUAAAUGAAAACAGAGAGCCAGAAAUUUCAAGGACCAUAUUAGGCAAAGUCAACAACUGCUCCAGUUAUCCUGAAAAGAUUUCAUUUGAGAUAUUUGAUGGCAGUAGUGAAUGUGGAGAUGCCUUUGCUAAAACUGCAGAAGGUCUCGUAGAGCUUCGUUGGGCAGAUAUGAUUGAACCUCGACUUUUCUACCCUUAGAGCUAAACAACUGCAAUUCAUAUGUGUAUUGUAGCUAUUAAACACUAUUAAAUUUUUAAACUUAACAAUAAACUUCCAAUUAUCCGGGUUAGUUCAGGAGGCAACAACGUCUACAGGUAACCUUAAACCAAGGCAUUUUCCAAGGAAAAUUCCUACAAACAUGGUGCUAUCAAUAACUAGACUUAGUUUUUAAAGUGUAUUGUUGCUAUCAAGGAUUGUGUAGUUUUAGUGAACCAUUAUUGUCCUGCACAAGUGGUUUUUUUUCUUUUUUAUAUAUUAUAACAAUUACUUGAUUGUGUUUUAAUUUGCUAGUGAUAAAUAAUUGUAUGGUGAUGUAGAAACUGUGGUGCAAGUUGUGUAAAGUGGAAGAAAGGUUACAUAAAAUUUUGGCAUAAUUUAAUUUUGAAAGUUUGUCUAAGGAUGUUUUUAACGUAUACACAGAAAUUAAGAUAAAAAAAUAUUAAUGAAUGAAACCAGUGUAUGCUUUGUUGUUAUUCAAAACAAAUGGUUUAAUUAUGGAGCCAUUAAACAAGAACGUUAUUUUAUAAACAUUUACAAAAACGCUAUGGUCCUAAAUAUAAAUAGUGCAAAGAAUAAGUCUGAAGCAAUAAUAAUGUAACUACAAAAUAUGGAAAGAGUUGAUGUUACGGAAAGUAUUAUUUGUGGUUACAUUAAAUUUGAGACUAAAGGUAGACAGGAAAGUAUAACACUUUGGCGUGAUGACCUAUAUCUUAGUUCCCAUUAUAUAUUUCAUCAAUUUGUCAUGAUGCCUAACAGUAAACCCACAAUGCGGUUUAUCCCCAAAUAAUUGGAAGUUGGAUUCUUUUAAUGUUCCUAUUUCAGGACUGAGUUUGUUUUGUAUUUUAUUUGUACAAUGUGUGUAGUUUGAAGAUUCUAGUUCUAAGUUUAGAGGCAUUAAGUCCUAUCAAUCUAAUUCUGUUAGAUUAAGAUCUUAGUAAGAAUUGUAUGUUUGUUCAUUAAAAAACUUGGUAUUUUUACAAA